AUGGAGCUGAACGAGAAGCGCCCCAGGAUCGGUCUUGCCUGCGAGAUAUGCCGUAAACGGAAGCGCAAGUGCGAUGGGGUGCGGCCAGCCUGCUCGUGGUGCCAGGCAAACAAUAAAGAAUGCCAGUAUAUCGAGGAGAAGCCUCGGAAGAGAAAAUGGGACGAUGACUAUAUCACAUCCUUGGAGCAGCAGAUUGUACUCCUGCAAGAAUAUACUGUGUCCCUAGAAAAAUCCGACGCUGUGUCAAACCGCCCAACCGCCAUCGAGAGCAUCUUCGCGGAGAGUACUGUCCACACACAACAAACGAGCCACACUACAGAACACGAUACUGGGCUGGAGGCUUCUGCAGACCUUGGCCCUAGCGACGGCGGAAUUUCCAGUAGUGAUGCGUCUGCCCUCAAUGACGUGAGCACCAUGAUGUGGCGGAUGACAAUCCGGGACGACGGUGAAACUUCAUUCACUGGUCCUUCAGGCAACUUUUGCUUCCCUACUGUUCACCACGAGAUCAGCCCUGGACUGGAAAACUCUGACAAGGUCCAGACCACGCUUGAUAUCCAUGACACCGCCAAACCGAUAUUAGACCAGGCUUCUCGAGUGCAUCUAAUCGAUAUUUUUUCGCGCUCGAUCAACCAGACACAUCAGUUUGUGGAUGCCUCGGCGAUAGAGAUCCUCAAAAUGCACACCUCGCCGAAUAUAGAGCUGCUUGAAUGCGCUAUUCUAGCAGCGGCAACUGUCCUCUCUGACGCGCCAGAAUCGCGAACUCUGGGAGACGACCUUUCCUCAUAUGCAAGGACAAUAGCACUGCACGAGUGUCACAGAAAUCCUGAUGUUUACACCGUUCAAGCCUUGGGAAUUUUGUCAUGGAGAGGUCUUGCUUUGGAUGAAGAAAAUAUGGCUUGGAUGUAUAAUUCCAUGGCUGCAAGCCUUUGCCUCCAUCUCGGUCUUCACGUCAGCUCUCUAGAUUCUCUGAAUGAGACUUCAAGAUCUGCAAAGUCGCCCACGACCAAAGACUCCCAAAAUCUCCGAGUCAAGGCAUUUUGGGCAUCAUUUCUACUAGAUAGAAUUGCAACUUCCUUGUUGGGGAGAAACUGCAUGAUACCGUGGAGGCGCGUCCAGGCGGCUCCAUUUCUGAGCGCAGCUAGCUCUCCUCCUUCACAAGAUGAGCUCAUAUUUGCAGCUCAGUGUAGAUUGUGGUUCAUCCACGAUCAAUCCAUGGACAGGAUCUACGCAUUUGAGUUCAGUGGCCUUGAUUUCACGCAAAGGCAAAGGCUUCUCCUAGAAGCUCGUGAGCAGCUCUUGUCUUUCCAUCGACAACUGGAUUAUCGCCUCCGCUUAACUAGUGACACUCAUUCACCUAACUUGAUCUACCUCCAUAUGUCAUACAACACCUCUCAGCUUCUGAUUCAUCGUCCAUAUCUCAAUGAAGAUCGUCAAACAAGCGCAUAUAAACUGGCCAUUCAAUCAAUGUCAACAGCCGCUGGGGCCAUGGCACGCCUAAUUCGCGAGCACGAAAAGGAUACUUCUUUCGAGGAUGCGCCGCCAUUCAUAGCUCACAGCAUCCUUACUGCCGCGAUUGCGCUCCUACUAGGCGCAACAUCUGCUGACAGUACAGCUAAAAGCCAGUCAAUUAGCAGGUUUCGCACCUGCUUCAAAGCUCUAGAGUCGAUGCAGAAGAAAUUCUCUCGGGCUAAACGAGCAAUGAUCCUCCUUCAAGAGCUGGCCCAGAGGUGGAAUACUGUUGUGGCUCUGCCAAUACAAUACAGUUUCCCCCUGAACAUUUCUAAGGGAGGUGGCAUUGGAACUGAAUCAACAUUGAUCGAGCUCGCAGGUUCCCCUAAAACUGAGGGCUUUGACGGAUAUGAUGGGUCAUUUGCUAGUUUUGAUCCGGAUCUCUUGCUCAUUGACCCGACUACGAUUCUGGACCAAGGUCUUUUCGACUUCUCAACACCUGGUUAUGAGUUGAACAUGGCAAGCAGGAUGUUCGAUGACCCAGGCAUGCCAUAG